CCCCCCAAAAACCCCAGACCCCCUCCUGAGCCUAAAGCAAAGCUGAAUGUUGGCUGGGGGAGUAUAAAAUCACAGUGAGCAUCAGCCCGUGGUCCAGAUAUGUGGGGCUGUGGCUGUUGUCCCAUCUUUUCUAGCAGAGCUUUUUGGACACAGAGCUGUUGCUACAUGCUGGUGACAGGGAAGGGCGAGCGAUGCUCUUGCUUACGGUGGGGCACUUGUGGCUUGCCCUGCCUCAUCCUGACUCUCCAAAGUGAAACUCAAGUUCUUUUCCUCCCCCCCUAAAGCAGCAGAUUAAGUAUUAGCUCUGCAAUGACUCUUUAGAACUCUUGUUCCAAAAGCGAGGGGUUAAAUAAAGCCAAAGAUUUUCUACUUGUUCAAUUUUAACCAGGAAAAACACUGCUACUGUCUCUUAAGUGGUGGAAUGAAGCUACUUGACUUUUCCUGUUCUUCAUCAGUGCCUGGUUUCUGGAAAUGUGGUGCUAAUGGAAUAUUUCCUGAUCAUUUUUUCUUUCAUGACUGUUUUUGUUAACAUUGUUGGUGCUAAACUCCGCUUUUUGUUCUCUUAAUGACACCGUGGUUGAGCUACUGCAUGAUUAGCCCAUAAGACCUGUUGGUAAUUCUUUGCAUCUGGGGGUUUUUAAUCACUGUAAAAGCACACUUUCAUUGUGGUUUCCUUUUAUGCUUGCUGUACGCAUGUUUUCACUUGUUCUCAAGUCUUUUAUUUUCAACGUUUUCAGUUGAGGGUAAGUAGAGAUGAGUUUUUCCCCCCUCUCCCUCUAUAGGCUCUUCAGAGCAAACCCAGCUAAGAUAAGCAGAGCACCUCUUCUCAGGGAAUUUGUAGCCUAUGACCCAAAUUCUAACCUAACCCAAGAAAGGGGGAAGAAGACAGGGGGAAGGGGCAAUGGGGAUCUCACCAAGAGAAGGGAAAGGACAUUUCUGCUGUAGCUUUGGGUGAAGUAUUUUCCUGGGAGCCUUUGGUGAUGGUGUCAGUGCUGUGGGCUGAAUUAGACUUAAGAUGCAGCAUUUCCAGUUACCAUAAGGCUUAGAAAAGCUUAAACCCUCCACCCUGAGCGUAACAAACCUCUUCAUUGUGACUUUCCUUGCCAGUCUCUAAAUGCUAAACAUUGUGCACAUGUUAACACUAGAGUUUCUCUACCCCCCCCUCCCCCAAUAUUUUAUACAGUAAAUGACAUUGCAUGACUUUCUGACUGGUUUUAUGUUGUUCCCGUUCUUUUCAUGCCUGUCUGUGUGGGGCAAAGGAGGGGAGGAGAGGGUGGCCUGUGGUACACAAGAGGAUCUCUCCCCUUGGCUAACGUGUCCACAGAUUGCCUGAGAAACAGGGUAGAGUGGCAUUCCAGGAGUGGGGUUUAGCUCUUGUAGCUGGGUUCUCUUAUUAACUCAAUCUCAAAUAAUAGGGCUCUGGUUAUUUUGCAGAGUGUCUCUGAAGAAUGGACAGAAUUGCCAUGGCUAACUACAAGCUACAGUUCACAGUGGACAAACGUUCUGCCCACAGGCCAAAAAGGGGGUAACGAAUUGACCCGAGAAAAUUAAAGAAUUCAGUUAACAGGCGACGUAUGCCUUUUAAUUCCUAUCUUUUCUUCAUUUUUUUCUAUUUAAUACUUUGAAUUAGAAGGUAGAAAUGUGUUGGCAAAUGAAUAGCGCAUUUAAAGAUUGCAUGAUUAAAGAGGGCCCUUGAGCUAAUGUUAGCUACGUGCUGUAAAGUGAUUCUUUGGAGUAGCUGCUUUGACCGUGGUUUUGUGUCUUUAACAGUCUGUAAAAGCAUUUUGAAGCGGGGGCCAACUGUUGUAAAGUACAUUAGAGAAGCUCUUGAUUUGCAUGUUUACACCAUUUAAGUUUAAUUUUGCUACUACCUGCCAAAGCAUUCGUAAAGUUCUGUGUAGAAAAGAAGCCUUUUGCUUUGACUGUGUUGCUGGUGCAAUAAGCAGCUGACCUUAGUAAAGGUGAAACAUGAAGAUAAGGUGUUAGGGGUGUGACUCAAGUUGUCGUUUUUAGGAGGCUCAGGUUGGUGAAGGUGCUGACCUGGGUCUUGUUUCUGCUUUUUAGAGAUGCACGUGUGGUUAAGGACAUGGCAACGGGGAAAUCUAAAGGAUAUGGCUUCGUCUCAUUCUUCAAUAAAUGGGAUGCAGAGAACGCGAUUCAGCAGAUGGGAGGUCAGUGGCUUGGUGGAAGGCAAAUCAGAACGAACUGGGCGACAAGAAAACCUCCGGCUCCAAAGAGUACAUAUGAAUCAAACACCAAACAACUGUCUUAUGACGAUGUGGUCAACCAGUCCAGCCCGAGCAACUGCACCGUGUACUGUGGAGGGGUCACCUCGGGGCUCACAGAGCAGCUGAUGCGCCAGACCUUUUCUCCCUUCGGGCAGAUCAUGGAAAUCCGAGUGUUCCCAGAUAAAGGCUACUCCUUUGUACGGUUCAAUUCCCACGAGAGCGCCGCGCAUGCGAUCGUGUCCGUCAACGGGACGACUAUAGAAGGACAUGUAGUGAAGUGCUACUGGGGCAAGGAGACGCCAGACAUGAUCAAUCCAGUCCAGCAGAGCCAAGUGAGCUACCCACCGCCAUACGGGCAGUGGGGGCAGUGGUACGGCAGUGCCCAGAUCGGGCAGUACGUGCCCAAUGGCUGGCAGGUCCCUGCCUAUGGAGUGUACAGCCAAGCAUGGAAUCAGCAGGGGUUUAGCCAGACACAGUCUUCAGCAGCGUGGAUGGGCGCUAACUACAGCAUGCAGCCACCCCAGGGGCAGAACGGGAGCGUGAUCACCAACCAGACGGGAUACCGUGUGGCAGGGUUUGAAACACCCUGAGGGAGGAGAGCGCCGGGAGACUCCCAGAGGUGUCUGUCACCACCAGGAUUUAUCCCAUCGAGCGGUGGAUGCCAUGUAUUUAUUUAAGCAAGAGGAGAAACGGGGUUUGGGGUUGGGGAGGGGGAGGGAAGAAAAAGGAGAAAAACCCCACAAAACAGCAUUUUUUUGAUCCUGAAAUUAUCAUCCCCAUUGUUUAAAAACCAAACCAGAAUCCCACGACACAAGAUGCUGGAUAGCCGCCGACUUUUGCCUUCUUUUUCCUCCUUUCUGUGCUUCCUAAACCCCUGCGGGUUUGGAAACGCAGCCGAACGCAGGGACUAAGUGCCACCAGGACCGGGGGGCAGCACAUUGCACAACGUUGAACCUUUUUUGGGGUUUCUUGAGUGGUUUUCUUGGCUUUCCUGGGAAGCAGUGUGUGCCGUUGGCCUUCCCAACGCUUCCCACCAAUGUAUUAUAAACCGCUGUACAAAACCCAUCCUUAACAAACACAGUUAAGCCAAAAGCGUGUGGAUCCUGGCGCCUUUUAAACACCCCUCUUGUACAAAGCCCUCCGUCCCUCCACUUUUGUUACACUGGGGGUUAUUGUUUGGAUGCUAAGUUAUUGAUCUACAUCAUUUUUAUAGCUCAGUGUCUUUCAGGGUGGGCUCAGCCUCAGCUCAGCACCAAGGGACAGCAGAACUCCUGUUUUCACUCUACCACGAAGGCAGGGUCUUGGUUUCCUUAUUGGUUGGGUUCUUUUUUUACUGAUUUCUACAUGGACAUGUACCGGUUCUGUAAAAUAUUUUAGCAACUUCAGGUUUUGCACAA